UAGAACCGAACGCAUGCGCGGUACUGACACACUGUUGCCAUGGCGGAGGCGGCGGGAGUGUUCAUCAGGGAGCUGGAGCUCGGGGACGGCAAAGUGCUGGAGAUACGGCAGCUGAGCUCCGGGGAUGUGGGCUGUGUGGUGUGGGACGCCGCCAUCGUCUUGUCUAAGUAUCUGGAGCGGAGGGAGCGUGCGGAGCCCGGGGCGCUGCGGGGCAGAGCGGUGCUGGAGCUGGGCUGUGGGACCGCCAUUGUCGGCAUUGCGGCGGCUGCACUCGGAGCGAACGUUACAGUGACUGAUCUGGAAGAGCUGCAAGAUUUGAUGAAUGCGAACAUUGACCAUAACGCUCAUCUGAUCACUGGUUCUUGCCAAGCGAAGGUAUUAAAAUGGGGCGAGGAAAUUGCAGGCUCAUUCCUGUCUCCUAACUAUAUAUUGAUGGCUGACUGCAUCUACUAUGAGGAGUCACUAAAACCUUUGCUGAAGUCUCUUAAAGAUCUGGCAGGAAGUGACACAUGUAUUCUAUGUUGUUAUGAAGAAAGAACUACUGGCAAGAAUCCUGAAAUAGAGAAAAAGUUCUUUGAGCUUCUCAAGGUUGACUUUGAAUAUGAGGAAGUGCCCAUAGAAAAGCAUGAUGAGGAAUACCGCAGUGAAGAUAUCCAUAUUUUGCAAAUUUAUGGGAAAAAUAAAUCUUUCCACUAGUGAAGUGAAUAAGUCUUGUCUGCCAGUGGGAAAGGUGCUCAGAAUAUACCUCCUGGUCCUCCUGAAGGGACCAACCAAGUCUCUACUGAGAAAGGUUAAACAAGAAUGGUAUUGGUAUGAUGAAUGAGGAGCAAAGCUUGCACACAAAAUGGCUGUAUAAUGCGGUUAAGUCAGUGUAUGUCUCUGUCCUACUUACAAAUCCUGUAGCUUUGUUUUUGUAUUGCUCUUGUGCAGGAUGUUUUUGAAUGAAUGCAUGGCAUGCCUUUUUAAUGUGGAGUGGCUGUGGGUUUCUGCACCCUGUUGUUGACAUCCACCUAAAGCUUAAAGUAAAACCAAAGGCAACAUUUUCAUUUUGGGUAGAGUUAGGGCUCUUUCACACAUGCUGACCAUUAGGCACGUCUACGUGAAUCUGACUAAUGUUAGGCAGGCGUAG